CCUGACAUUCCUUUUUUGGAAGUAUAAACUUUAAAGUCAAUUUAUAUUAUUUCCUUCAUAGGAAAACAAUUAAAUAUAGGGAUUUUACACGUUCACAAUCAGUUUUUGCUCAAGCUACUCCAAACACUGCUUUAAACAGGUCAGAUUGAUUCGUAGCUGAGCAGGCUUGGGAUCAUUUGGCAAUAAUGGCAGACGGCCAAGAAAACGAUAAGAAUAUUGAAAUAUGGAAAAUGAAAAAAUUAAUCAAAGCCCUACAAUCUGCCAGAGGAAACGGCACGAGCAUGAUCUCUCUUAUCAUACCCCCUGGUGAUCAGAUAUCUCGUAUUACCAAAAUGCUUGCCGAAGAAUACGGUACUGCAUCAAAUAUUAAGAGCAGAGUAAACCGUCAAUCUGUGCUCGGUGCAAUAACAUCUGCCCAACAAAGGCUUAAACUUUAUAACAAAGUUCCUCCUAAUGGGUUGCUGCUUUAUACGGGAACUAUAGUGACGGAUGACGGGAAGGAAAAAAAGGUCACGUUUGAUCUUACGCCUUUUAAACCCAUAAACGCGUCUUUAUACUUAUGCGACAACAAGUUUCAUACCGAACCUCUUGGUGAACUAUUGGAAUCUGAUGAGAAGUUUGGUUUCAUCGUCAUGGACGGUAACGGGACUCUUUUCGGGACCUUAAGUGGCAACACACGAGAAGUUCUUCAUAAGUUCACGGUUGACCUCCCGAAGAAGCACGGAAGAGGAGGUCAAUCGGCUCUUCGUUUCGCUCGUCUACGAAUGGAGAAACGCCAUAAUUACGUGAGGAAGACGGCAGAGCUCGCUACUCAGUUCUAUAUUAACCCGGCUACUAGCCAGCCGAAUGUAUCCGGACUAAUACUUGCGGGAUCUGCUGAUUUUAAAACCGAGCUAAGUCAAUCGGAUAUGUUUGACCCGCGCUUACAAGCGAAGAUACUUAACGUGGUUGACGUGUCGUACGGUGGGGAAGCCGGAUUCAAUCAGGCGAUCGAGCUGUCUGCUGAGAUUCUCGCUAAUGUGAAGUUUAUACAAGAAAAGCGGUUGAUAGGGAAAUUCUUCGAGGAAAUCAGUCAAGAUACUGGAAAGUAUGUAUUUGGCGUGGAUGACACGAUAAAAGGUUUGGAGAUGGGAGCUGUUGAAACCCUAAUUGUGUGGGAAAAUCUUGAUAUAAACCGUUACGUACUGAAAAAUAGUGUGACUAAUGAGAUUGUCAUUAAGCACUUAAACAAGUUACAAGAGGGUGAUAAUAGUAAUUUCAAGGAUCCUGCCACGUCAGCUGAAUUGGAGGUUCAGGACAAAAUGCCGCUGCUGGAGUGGUUUGCCAAUGAGUACAAAACUUUCGGUUGUUCGCUCGAGUUUGUGACUAACAGGUCUCAGGAGGGGUCACAGUUUUGCAGAGGAUUUGGUGGCAUUGGAGGAAUUCUUCGGUACCAGCUUGACCUGCGUUCGUUUGACGAGCCAUCUGAUGAAGGAGAAUACUUUGAGGAUUCUGAUUAAGUCAGUUAUGUCUGUCUACUAAGUCCAGGUAAUGGAUGAGAGAUCUACAAUUGGUGGAAGUUUUGGGGUUAGCAUGGCAAGGAGGUACCAGCUGUCAUGCGGAAUAUAAAUUGAUGAGUAUUUUCUGUUGUAAACUUUAUUUGUUUUUCCUUUAAACGCGAACAGAUUUCUUUCGAACAAAUGUCAAUUGAAGGGGACUUCUUGACUGUUUUA